AUGCCUCCAGCCAGAGAAACCGACGCAUUCAUGCCUCGCUACAAGCGCCGGCAGUUGAGCCUCGUUACAGAGAAUUUCUCGGAAGAAGAAGAAAGUUCAUGUAUCGGGGAUCAGCAGCAACAGCAGCAGCAACAGCCGCAGCAGCCGCAGCAGCAGCAGCUCCAGCAACACUUCACCGGACGCGCCCUCGAGGCGUUUCAUCUGGCGGCGGACGUCAAGCCAGUUGCGCUAAGUCAGAGCCACCGCGCGGGCGGGUGGCUCGAAACUCUCCGCCAAGCCUCGCGCAUCCGUGCAACCGGCGCUGGGCUUGCGGGAAGCUCCGCAUCAGCGGGGGCAUCAGCAGGGCCUCCCUCCGCUCCCGCUUCCGCCUCCGCCUCCGCUUCCGCUUCCCCAUCCCCCUCCGCCCCGUGCCGGUUGAAGCGGAGGGCAGCAGACGCGGGGCUGGAGUGCAGCGCGGGUUCCGCGGAGGAACCGAAGCUACUGAGGCGCGCAACCUGCCCCGCGGAACGCGCCUACGUCGUCCCCCACCACUGGGCCUCCGCGGACCCCGCUUCCGCCGCCAGCUCGCGCAACCCCGCUUCUUUCCCCGCCUCCGUCCCCGCUGCUGCCCGCGCAGGCGCUGGCGCUGGCGCUGGCGCAACCUGGGCCGCGGGACUCCUUGCGCUGAACGCGCUCGUCUCUCCGCGAUACGCGCACGGCCAUCCUUUACAACCUCCUCCCCCUGCCUCCGCCCCGCUUUCCCCCUAUCGCCGGCAUCCUCCGCCCCCCCGUUCCCCCGCUUUUCCGCCCUCCCCUGCUCCGCGUCCCCCAUUCCGAGCGGAAUUCGCGCGCGCGCCGUCGCCUGCUUCUGCUCCUACUUCCUUUCCCGGGAUUCCCGCCGCAUCUGGUGCUCCACAGCGGUCCCAAGCGACUCGAAGACGCUCGUCCAAGUCGCCUUCCACGUCAGCGAACCAUUCCACGUCAGCAGGAUUCAAGCUUUUGCUGUCAGACGCGCGCCCUCCUCCUCCCCUUAAGGAGAGGGAAGUGGAAGCGGAGGGAGAGAGGGCGAGGAGGAGAGAGAAGAGGGAAGGUGAGGCGGUAGGGAGAGAAGGAGAGAAACUAGAAGUGAUUAUGGCUGUGAGUGCGGAUGGGGAGAAGAUGGAAUUGGGGGAGGUGAUAAGAGGAGUGCAGAUGAGAGAGGGAGAGGAGGGAAAUGAAAGGGAGGGUGGGAUAGGAAAUGAGGGGAGUGAAGCCAUGGAAGUGGAGGCAGGAGGAGACGAGGGAGGGGGAGAAGUGGGAAGAGAAAAAGAGUUAGGAAGGGGAGAAGAACGAAAAGAAGUAGCAAGGGAGGUAGGAGGAGAAGAAACGGAAGGGGAGGAAGUUGGGAGGGAAGACGCAGGAAGGGAAGAGGGUCAAGAAGCUGGCGAUGCGAAAGGGGGUGAAUCAAGUGAAGGCGGUGAAGCAGGUGGUGGUGACAAGCAGAGCGAGCAAAGUGGGUGGCUGUGGGAGGGAAGUGACCUGAAAGGGUGCUAUCUCGACGUGAGCAGGACAUAUGUUGAUGAAACGGUUACGAGCGGUGCUGAGGUGGUUACAAGCAGUGCUGAGGAGUUUACAGGCGGUGCUGAGGUGGUUUCAAGCGGUUCUGAGAUUGUGAUACUUUGUGCAGACAUGGAUCUGGAUGCGAUGCCUCUGGGUUGCUGCCUCGGGUCCCAGCAGGAACAACCUGGGGAGGCUCACAUGGAGCAUGAAAAACAGCAUGAGCAGCAGCAAGUGGAGCAGCAGCAGCAGCAGCAGCAGCAGCAGCAGCAGCAGCAGCAGCAGCAGCAGCAGCAGCAGCAGCAGCAGCAGCAAGUAGAGGAGUGUUCGCUGGAGCAGUUGACUCGUGUUGACUCGAUGGAAGAUGACGACUUCUGGGAGAGAAUGGUCGCCAGCUACGGCACACUGGACGACCUGCCCGCUUCAGCUGACCUUCCCGCUACAGCCGCUUCAGCUCCCGCUACAGCCGCUUCAGUUGACCUGCCCUCUACAGCCGCUACAGCUGACCUACAUGCUACAGCUGAAGGGGGCACUACAAGUAGGGAAACGGCAACAACCAAUGGUGGGAUGGCCGUGGAUGACUGUGGGAUAGGGGUCGCCACAGAAAGCGAUGGCUAUACCCUGCCUGUUCCAACUCCGGAAUCUCUAGCGGUUGUUGAGGGUGCAUUGCCAACAGUUUCGUCUCACUCAGGGGUGCAUGCAGCAACAAUGAAUUUCGAGUCGCGUCAAGAGUCACCUGUGGAUGCUGUUGAUGGUGCACUGCCUGCAGCUUCCUCACGCUCGGGGGUGCAUGCAGCAGCAGCAGAUAUGGACCACCAACCUCCUUCUGAGGAUGCUGGAGUUGGACGGGCUGGUUUGUUUGUAGUGGCCAGGGAAUGCCCGAUGCUAUCAGAUCUGACUCUUUCCGGAAGAUAUUUUCGCCCCGAUUGGCUCGGCGCGCUCUGCUUCUGUCCGAACCUGCAGACGCUCAGGCUCGAGAAUUUCCACCAAGCAGAGUCCGACGAGUGUGCAGCAGCCGUUGGGUGGGCGGGGGGAGUGCGGCACGAGAUGGGAACGGGCGGGCAGCAGAACGGGCAGGAGGAAGAAGGGGAGGGAACGAAUGAGGAGGGAGGGGAAGAGGAAGAGGAGGGGAAAGCGGAGGGGGAGGAAGGAGGUGAAGAAGGGGGAGAAGGGGGAGAAGGGGCGGAAGGAGAGGAGCAAGAGGAGGAAGGGGAGGGGGAUGGGGAUGAGGAGGAUGGGGAGAACAAGGAGGAUGCGGAUGCGGUUGGAAGGCAUUUAGAGAGAGAGAUGUCUGAUGCCUCUCUACCCCCUUCCCGUCGCUUCCUAGCCACCGUCAAAGCCGCAGUUCACCGCUCUAAAACCAUCAAAACCGGUUCCACUGAUGCCACCAGCAGCACAGGCACCCCUGGCACACCCAGUCGCGUCAAAGCGAGCCCCAGACCUCCCCAGCCCCCCCCAGGGUUUCUAUCCCCAGUGGAAACGCUCCAGCUGAUUCACUGUGACUUGCGUUCUCGCCCGUUCUUCCUCGCACUUCUCGCCGUCUGCGCCAAUUCCACCGCUCUGCACCUUCGAAACUGCUGCGGUUUGGACGACGCCUCCCUCGCCGGGAUCUCGGUCGCCACGAACCGUCGGAUCGGCCGGCUGGCGAUCGAAGGGUGUCCAUUAAUCACGAUGAAAUCGCUAGAAGCGGUGGUGCUGGCACUGCCGGGGUUGAGGCAGCUGGUGGUGGGGGACUGUGGGGGGGUUAGGGAUGAGGAGAUGGGCGGGGAGUUUGCAGAUCGGAUUUUCACGCUGAAGGAGUUGAAAUGGCAGCCGUCAGGAGGGAGGUUGGCGGGGACGGGGCUGUUUGAAAAGGGCAGGUGGUUGGUGCAGGGCGGGUGA